AUGUUUAAGCAUCUUGUAAAGUUCGCAUUUCAUCGAAGGGCUAUAUGUUGCAUCGGAAUUCUUACUUUAUCCUUUCUCUUUUUCAUUCACGUAUCCAGAAGGGUGUCUCUCAUUUCUUCUACUCAGGUGCAUUCAAAUGGUGUAAAAAUCGUUGUUUUCAACAGGAUUCCAAAAACUGGAAGCACAUCAAUUGUUCGCAUUUUUGAAGCGCUUAGCAAUCGUAAUAAAUUUCGUGUCUACAGAGUGGCUAUUUUUAAUCCUAUACAGUUUCUUAAUCCUCUAGCUCACAGAACUUUUGUUGAUGAAAUCUCAUUAAUAUCACAUUACUCAAAUCUUCUCGUUCAUGGACAUUUCUAUCAUCUAAAUUUCAAUCAAUUCGGUCUUGGUCGUGAUCUGGUGUACAUAAAUAUUUUGCGGGAUCCCCUUGAGAGACUAGUUUCAAAGUACUAUUUUAUUCGUUUCGGUGAUGAUCACCGCCCAAACACUCACCGAAGCCGUAUGACAAAUGAUUCCCUGCAAUAUCAGACUUUUGAUGACUGUGUCCAAACACAGGGGGAGGACUGUAACCCCAAACUUCUCUGGGUUCAGAUACCGUUCUUUUGUGGAACUGCAUCGUACUGUCGCAUUAUCGGAAAUCCUGAAGCCUUAGAAACUGCUAAACGUCGUUUAGUUGAGGAUUAUCUCCUUGUUGGAGUCCUUGAAUUCUUCGACGAGUUCUUGGAACUCCUCUCAAAUCUUAUGCCCAAUUACCUUGAUGGUAUCGAGGAGACUAAGGGUCUUCAAAUUGAUGGACACCCAUUAUGGCACCUUCGAAAUACCCGAAAGAAAUCUCCGAUUCGGUUGAAAACCCGUGAAGUUUUCCAAAAUAACACAAUCUGGAGGAUGGAACAAAACUUCUACGAGUUCGUGAAAUCUGAAUUCAUUUCCCGAUACAAGCUCUAUCGAUCUUCAUUACCCUUUGAUGCAAUCAGCUGGCAAAAGUCCGCUUUGAUUCGAGUUGUUUAA